GCAACAUCAAUUAAUCUUCUGUUUUUCCCUCAAUUUUAACUGCACCAUGGCCUUCAACAUUGUCAAGCAACACUUCUUCCUUGCCAUAGUAAUUUCCUUUGCUUUUUUCCAAAUAGCAGUUUCCAGCGACCCAGAUAUCCUCUCCCGAUUUCCUGGCUCCUCCGAAUGUCACCGGCCAGUUUUUCACCUUCACCGGAUUGCGGUCGAUUGUCAAUGAGGACCAAGCUCCGUCAAAUUUCACAGUCAGCAAAGCCACAGCAUGGCAGAGUUCCCAGCUCUCAAUGACCAGAGUGUCUCUUUCGCUAUUUUGCAGAAUCCUGCUAGGUUAGUGAACGCUACUCACACCCACCCUCGUGCGGCGGAGCUUCUCUUUCUCAUCUACGGCGUCCUGGAUAUCGGGUUCAUCGACACCACCAAUAAGCCCUACACUCAGAGGCUUCAAGCAGGGGACAUUUUCGUGUUCCGCAAGGGACUGUGCCAACGCCGGAACCGUGUCAGUUCCAACUUCGGUGUUCCCCACCGGAUUGACGAUGCCAUCUUAGCCAAGUCUUUCAAGGCUGAUGCUGCCACAAUUCAGAAACUCAAAGCAGGGCUUACCCCACACAAGCCAUGAGUUAGAGCUUACCACAUUGCAAUUUUUUCCCUUUUUGGGUACGGAAUAAAUCCUGAGUAUGGGGACGGACAUUUCUAGCAUGGUGUUCUCAAAUUCGUGUGUUAACUUAAUAAUUCUUGUUAGUUUGAAUCAAAUGAGUUCUCUUCAUUUUUAAUAAACAUGUUUAAAUUGA